CGGGGACCGCGGGGCCUUCCGGCUGACUCGGCCGCUCGGCUACUUCUCUCUCCAGUGGCGGAGGGGUGGCGCUGACCCGGCUGCAGCCCAGGGACCCACAAGGCUGCGGACAGGGCCGUGGCUGCGCCACCUGGAGAGAGCUGGAAGGGUUAGGAUUGAGGUCCUCAGGCCGCUCCACUGAGCAAAGUGUUCCAUGGAGGAUGCUGGCAGGGACCCCACCGUAUUCACUGCCCAUUCUCUGCCCAGUGACCCCCGCCUCUUGGCCACCGUGACCAACGCCUACUUAGGCACACGCGUGUAUCAUGACACACUGCAUGUGAGUGGCGUGUACAAUGGGGCUUCGGGGGAAACGCACCGGGCCAUUCUGCCCAGUCCCCUCAAUGUCCAGCUGGAGGCCCCUGCAGGGGCAGGAGAGCAGCUGAUCAACACCUUCGCCCUGGACACUAACACAGGUAGCCCCCGCCUACCGGGCCCCACACCUCCCACCACUGCUCCAGGCUCCUUUCUGCACACCCUGGAGGGCCCCAGCUUCCGGGUUUCCCAGCGCAUCUGUGCCCACCGCGUGCUGCCUCACGUCCUGACCUUCAGCGUGGCCAUCACCCGCCUGGCUGCGAGGAGCUGGCCCAUCACAGUGCGGCUGCGGUCAGCCUUCUCCCCAGAAAGCCCCGACCUGGACCUGCACCUGGGUCCUGACUUCCAGGGAGCCCGGUACCUGUAUGGCCACACGCUCACCACAGAGCAGCCCGGGGGUGCCCAGCAGGAGGUGCACAUGCUGUGGACACCAGUACCCCCAGCCUUGACCCUUGGGGAAGGGGAGGAGAAUGGGACAUGGGAGUUCCUGACGGUGGUAGCUGGCAGCCAGGCCGAGACCCAGGCCUGCCUCGCCGAGGCCCUGCAGCUGCAGGUCAGGGGCACUCUUUACACAACCCACGCCCAGGCCUGGGCCCAGCUCUGGGCAGACUGUGGCCUGGAUGUGGACGGGCCGCUGCCCCUGCGCCAGGCCCUGCGUGGUGCUCUCUACUACCUGCUCAGCGCCCUGCCUCAGCCGGGGACCCCAGGGUACGUCUGCCACGGCCUCAGCCCAGGCGGCCUCUCCAACGGGAGCCGUGAGGAAUGCUACUGGGGCCACGUGUUCUGGGACCAGGACCUCUGGAUGUUUCCCAACAUCCUGAUGUUCCACCCGGAGGCCGCCAGGGCCCUCUUGCAGUACCGCAUCCGGACGCUGAGCGGGGCCCUGGACAACGCCCGGAAGCUAGGCUAUCAGGGAGCCAAGUUCGCCUGGGAGAGCGCCAGCUCGGGCCUGGAGGUCUGCCCUGAGGCCAUUUAUGGGACCCAGGAGAUCCACAUCAAUGGGGCCGUGGUGCUGGCCUUCCAGCUGUACUACCACAUGACGCAGGACUUGCAGCUCUUCCAAGAGGCUGGUGGCUGGGAUGUGGUCAGUGCCGUGGCUGAGUUUUGGUGCAGCCGCGUAGAGUGGAGCCCUGAGGAGGAGAAGUACCACCUAAAGGGAGUCAUGCCCCCUGAUGAAUACCAUUCCGGGGUCAACAACUCUGUGUACACCAACGUACUGGUCCAGAACAGCCUGCGCUUUGCUGCUGCACUGGCCCAGGACCUGGGUCGGCCUGUCCCCAACCAGUGGCUGGAGGUGGCUGAUAAGAUCAAGGUGCCCUUUGACCCAAAGCUGAACUUCUACCCUGAAUUUGAUGGGUACCAGCCUGGAGAGGAGGUGAAGCAGGCGGACGUCGUGCUCCUGGGCUACCCCGUCCCCUUUCCCCUGAGUCCUACUGUGCGCAGGCAAAACCUGGAGAUUUACGAGGCUGUGACGUGUCCCCAGGGCCCCGCCAUGACCUGGAGCAUGUUUGCCGUGGGCUGGAUGGAGCUGAAGGAGCCUGGGCGGGCAUGGGACCUCCUGGAGAAGAGCUUCGCCAACACCAGUGAGCCCUUCAAGGUGUGGACCGAGAAUGCAGAUGGCUCGGGUGCAGUGAACUUCCUGACCGGCAUGGGGGGCUUCCUGCAGGCGGUGCUCUUUGGGUUCACGGGGUUCAGGAUCACCAGGGCAGGGUUGACCUUCGACCCCAUGUGUCCGGCGGGUAUCUCUGGAGUGUGCGUCUCUGGCAUCUCCUACCAGGGGAGCAAGCUUGACUUUUCCUUCUCCGAAGGCUCUGUGACAGUCACGGUCACAGCCCGGGCAGGGCCCUGGGCCCCCCCGCUGGAGGCUGAGCUGUGGCCAUCACAGGAUCGACUCCCCCUGCCCCCAGGACACAAGGUCUCCUUUCCCUGCUCUGCUGGCCGGAUACAAAGGUCGCACCCGUGGGAAGCACGGGCCACAAGUUCUGCUCCCAGAAGCGCGGCUUGUCUUGCCUCUGGGACGCCUCCGUCGAGUUGAAGGGUCUCCAACACAUGCCUUCCCUCCGCCAGGAGGAAGGGGGGUGAGCUGUGGAGCAAGAGCCCACCCCCCUACGACCAGCCAAGGCUGAGGCCAAGUGUGCACGAGUUCAAGGCCACAGCCCUGGGCCAUCUGUCCUAGGUGGGCACCCCUCAGCCAAGACUCUGCCCACCUCCUCCUCCUGGGGCCUCAGCCCCUCGGCUGGCACAUCAGACUGGGGUUCUCCGGGGGUUCCCAAGAAUGAGGUGAGAACACGUCUGCUGCCGAAAUCUUGGUGCGGGCGGUGCCUGCCACCCCAGACCUGCCUCGGGAAUUAAAGCUCAGGGCUGGGCA